UUGCUCGUUACUUUUAACGACGGCGUUUACGGCAUUCUUUCUCGGUAGUAACGUCUACUGAUCGACUCCUAAAGAAGCGCGAGGCAAGAUGUACAAUCAAGAGCAGAACAGAGAUGCAGUGCUUGCGCGAUGUAGAAAGCAGCUGCCAAAAGCGGAUAUGCGGGAACCACUUGCACGAGCGGCGGCUGGCAAAGGAUUGCUGCAUAUCGUUUCAGUACUCCUAAUGCUAAUGACGAUGAUACGUUCAACCUUCGCUUUGCUUACGACGCCACCUCAAUUAUCUAAUCAACGACACUCAUUGACGAGUCGUGCUGCGAACGAAUCAUUCCCACUAGAAUGUGUACAGGUUGCGCCUCCCAUUAUGAGUCCCACUGGAGGGUGUCAGCAGACAUUAAUGGUGCAUACAUUCGCCGCCUCCUACGGGCAACCCUUCAUAGGCACAUACAGUCCUCCAGACUGUGAAUUCAAUCGCAUCACUUUUAACCUCAUUGUUACUUCCGCGGGACGACAAUUUGACAGACUCGCGCUUAUGUUCUUCGAUGAUACCGAAAUCUUUCGCACCUCGACAGCCGAACCAACGCGAGACGGGAUUAUCUGGACCUACAACAAGGAUAUGAGUAGCUACCUCUCCAUGUUCAAGAAGCCACAAAAGAUUGUAUUUGACCUUGGCAAUCUCAUGGACGAUACCUACACAGGCUCGUGGAACACGACAUUGGCUGCGACUUUCUUCACUGCUGAAGAUACGAUAGAGCCUGCCGAUGUUGUCAUCCCCGUCUCGGCUCGACGAUCGGCCGAAAACGCACCAAGUGGCUUUGUCGUCCCUGGGUCCAAAGCAGUCAAUGACCUCGUACUACCGCGGAACGCGAAAAAAGCGGUGUUUUCCAUCUCGGCAUGUGGUCAGGCUGCAGAAGAGUUCUGGUGGAGUAAUGUGCUCACUUCCGAUACGCAGGUCUUCGGGAAUCACACAACGCUGUAUGGUCAUUCGCCGUUCAGAGAGCUUCAACUCGUCAUUGAUGGAUACUUGGCCGGAGUUUCAUGGCCUUUUCCAGUGAUCUUCACGGGAGGUAUCGUUCCUGGUUUCUGGAGGCCCAUCGUCGGUAUUGAUGCAUUCGAUCUGCGGGAAGAUGAAAUCGACAUCACGCCCUUCAUACCAUUACUCAGUGACAACCAGUCCCAUACUUUCGAGAUUCAAGUGGCGGGUAUCGAUGACGACGGACGCGGCAAUGAGUACAUCACAACCAAUAUUGAAUCGAAUUGGAUCGUGACCGGCAAAGUCUUUGUGUGGCUAGACAGUAACAUUAGUUCUACAACGGGCACCCUCCCAAGUGUUUCGGCUUCAGUGCCCACGAUCCACCUGCACUCAGCAACACAACACACCGUCAACGGCACAGUUGCAUCUUUAGACUAUUCUAUCGAAGUAUCCCGCAAUCUCUACAUCGAGUCUACCUUGCACACCUCUGCAGGCACCAAAAAUGUCUCCUGGAAACAGGAUCUCACCUUCUCCAACUCGGGAACUCUCAGCAAUAAAGGCAACGAUCAAAUCAUGCGACAAACAACAACAGGUAGCCACCUCUCUUCCUCUGGGUAUUCUAGAACAUAUGAAUAUCCACUUUGGGUCAUCUCAUCUAUCAAUGAACCCCCAGGCGGCAACCUCACUAUUGAUGCGAAGAUGGGGCGAGGAAAGUACGUCCAGGAACUUGGUGAUCUAGCCUACCCAAACGACUGGAAAACGUUCGACUACACUCGCCUGCCCUCAACCCUCUAUGGCAAACCAACAUUCAGUGGAUCCAACGUGAACAACUGGCAGAACGGUACAGCAUCGUAUCUCUCCGUCCCAGCGCAGAAAAGAUCAUACGGUUCAGGCAGCACGGAGCAACUCCUCUCGCUUAGCGGUAUAACCGAUGGCCCCGUUGCGGUGGUCCAAGAUGGUACGCACAAUGCCGCAAUGCAUAUGGCACAGCAGCGGGGCGAGGAGCUUUACCGGAGACGAAUGGUUGCGACGAAUGGCUCAGUAGUGGUUGAUGUGGAGAGCUUCGGUGGCCAGGUGCGCGAAAAGAGCACGUACGUCGCUGCCAACCAGGAGUACAACGAUGGAGGAGUACAUGAGUUUGCGAUGGAAGGAGUUAGGGCUCUGCUUGGGCGGGGAGCGUACGCGAUGAUGAGAUGGCGCUAAUUAAGAGCUUGAAGUGGAGUGAGAUUUGCAUUAGGAAAGUGAGUUUAUCGAAAGCUAUUCGUCACAAGGUUCGAGCUAUGGCAACGCGCAUUUUAAGUUUGGCCACAUUGGGAAGACGUGAGCGAAAGAGGACUACCCUUUUGGCUCGCGUUUAGAAAGGGUUGUUACACUGCGGUCCUCCUAGGCAACACUAUCCAAUUGCGUAGAUGGCACCGCAUGUUUUGGCCUG